CUAAAUAUAGUCAUGUGUGAUCUUGUUUGAUUUGUCUUAACAUAUAGAUUAUUAAUAUAUAAUUUCUAUAAUUUUUUAAUAUACAAAUUACAAGAUAAAAUGGAUUAAAGAAGUACAUUGGAUGGUGUGCCAAAAGCAAACGCCAGAAAGAGGAAAAGCCCCGAGCAAUGCAUCUAAAAAGGGAAAAUCCCCGAGAAGACAAAAAUGAAUCCUAAAAAGACAUCAAAAACACACAGUCCUCAAAUCAUUUUGGAGAAAAAUGGUGCCAGAGAUGAGAAAUGGAAGAAUGAAACAUUGAACAAAAUAAAAUCUUUGGAGAAAAUGGUGAAGAGUAUAGCAGCUAACAUGGCAGAGAACAAUAUAAAAGUGUUAAGUGAGAUACAAGAGUUCAGAAAGGAAAACCAGAAACAAUGGGGAUUGGUUGAGGAAUGCCUGAAAAAUGCUGGCAUUUUGGGGAAAACACAAAGUAAGGAAUCCAGGAAGAAAGACACUCAGUUUCCAAGUUUUGAUUUAGGCAUUGAUCUACAUUGUACACCACAGCCUGCUCAUAAAAAGAAAGAUCAAAAUAAGACUGGAGACUGUGUAAAGGAGAAGGGAGAAGACAUGGACAUUGAUUGGAUGAAUGGGAUGUUGACUGAGGCAAACACUGAUCACAAUUGCCAGAAAGGCAUUGACAAUAAAGUCAUUGACCAGCAGGUGAUGGAAGAUGGUUUGGAGGAAGGCCAGAAAAUGGAGAGUGUCAUUGACAAUGUGGAAACAGCAUCGCAAGCUGCUCGGGCAGCAGAGGAUUUGGAUCCAGCCAUUUGGGACAUUAGUCCUUACUCUGAACAACCAAAGGUCGCAGAGGGUAUCAUCAGUUAUUUGUUUCCCACUGAACAACCACAUCUCCUAAAUGAUGUUCCUACUGAACAACCACAAGUCCUCACUGAUAUUCCCACUAAACCACCACAAAAAAUCAAUGAUAUUCCCAAUGAACCACCACAAAUGCCCAAUGAUGAUCCCAGUGAUGGUAUAGAUGCUGAACCACAGCUCAAUGUUGGUCAACUUGAGGACAUUCGGGAUGAACAAGCAGAAGGCCCAGAUGCUGAAGAACAACACACUAAGGAUAUUGCCAUUGACCAACCAGAAGACACUACAAGGCAGAAGAGGGUUAUGAAAUGCCCAGAUAAGUUUACUCAUUCUGAAAAAAAAUUAAACACAAGAAAGGCAAAGAGCAGACAAGGACCACAGACAUCUAAACAGAAAGCCACAGAUGGUGGUGAUGACAAUUCGCAACCCAACAAUGUGGAGGCCGAAGCUGGCAUGGCAGAAAGUCAUCCCGAAGGGCUGAAAUUAGCAUUAACUGCUGAGAAUGUGGAGUUGUUUUUAGCACAAGCCUUGAAAUACCCGGUCAUGAAAGCACAAGAAUAUGGAUUGACCCAGCUAUUUGCAGUAACAGACAGCCUAUUUGUCAGUCUAUUGAAGAAAGAAUAUGACAACUACUUGGGAAAAAGGAAAACAAUUGCUGAAGCAGCAUUGAACACUUCAAUACUGAAACCAAUCGUAGGGGCUGUGCCAGAAUUGGGAGGACGCUGGGCAGAAUGCGAUUACAUUUACAUGCCAAUCAACACUGGAAACCAUUGGAUACUGGCUGUGCUUGACAUAUCAAAGAAAUGCAUCAGGCUGUAUGAUUCUAACAACAAGGGGAAGACCAGUCGCCACACAAAACCAUACCUUCCAUGUCUACAGAUCUUACUGCCAAAGGUGAUGGACAAACUGGAAGUGUACAAGGAGCGGAAAAUGCCUGAGAUGGGAGAUGAUGUGCUAGGCAUUGUGAACGUAAAUAAUUGCCCACAACAACAGGACGCAUAAGUUCGUAGAUGUUAUAAAUGUCCUUUCUAGGUACCUAAUAACAUGUAAUAUACUUAAAGCACCAUAAUGUCCAAUGUACGUAAUAAUAUGCAGGGUGAGCU